GCACCUCGCGGAUCGCGUCGAAGAAGUAUCUUCGAGCACGCCACAAACAAACUGCAAAACCGAUUUUCAGUGCAAUGGGCUUGAACGACGGAGCUGCAAGCAAGGCCCGAAAUGGCUGAUUGCCGCCACGGUUGGUGAUUGAACGAAAUGUUUAAGAGUGUAAAGUGUUUGUUUGUCUGUGAACGUUCCUACAAUUUUCUCCGUUUUAACUGACUGAACUUUCUCCAGUGCAAAUUUCCACUGCGCGGUUUCAGUUGAUAAACAGAUAAUUGUAUGUGAAUGCACCGCGCGACAUCGGAUGCAACUUUGCAAGUCACGCCGACCGAGGGUCCGAGAGCCAUGCAACAUUUUGCAGCCAGCGGUCAGCACAUGCAAACGUAACAAACUUUGUUCGCAACUGGAACAAUUUAUUGGCGGCGCAACCGAAUGGAAUUAAUGCGGCAAUAACAAAGAUUACAAAACAAGCAGUAACGCGACAGUAAAUUGUUUAUUGGACUAUUGUGGAGGCACAGUGGAUGGACUCAGCACAAGCCGGGGUUGGAUAACACUUUGCUUGGUUUCUUGGAAAUGCAAAUAUCCAGCACUUGGGCAUAUUCAGAAAAACAAACUACUCCUUAGAAAUCUGAAGGAAUCAUUUUGCACCGUAUAUACUUACAAAAGGAAGGAAACCGCGCUACGAAAUAACAAGAAGAAAACAUGGUUCUGAACCUACUACUGGUCUCAUCAAUAAUCAAAUCUACAUUCGGUGUAGUUACGACCGGCUUAUGGUUGAUACCGUUAAUGUUAGCUACUAUUACAUACUUCAGAUAUGACCGACUAGAUCCCGAAUCACGUCCCAUAGAUCAACAGAUAUUUCUCAAAGAAUAUGACUUUAUCGUUGUAGGAUCAGGAUCAGCAGGAGCUGUUGUUGCAAAUCGAUUGACGGAAAUCCAACCGUGGAAAGUCUUAUUACUAGAAGCUGGUCCCGACGAAAAUGAAAUUUCAGAUGUUCCAGCGUUGGCAGCAUACCUUCAGCUAAGCAAGCUUGAUUGGCAAUACAAAACAGAACCUUCUGACAGAGCAUGUCUAGGAAUGAAGAACAAUAGAUGCAAUUGGCCACGUGGAAAAGUCCUAGGAGGAUCGAGUGUUUUAAAUUAUAUGCUAUACGUAAGAGGGAAUCGGUAUGACUAUGAUCAUUGGGAGUCCCUAGGAAAUCCGGGUUGGGGGUUCAAGGACGUGCUGCACUAUUUUAAGAAAUCAGAAGACAAUCGUAAUCCGUACUUGAACAAAAACAAAUACCAUCAAACAGGGGGUCUUCUCACGGUUCAGGAAUCGCCAUGGCAUACUCCAUUGGUAGCGGCUUUUGUGGAAGCAGGAACUGAAAUUGGAUACGAUAAUCGUGACAUAAAUGGCGAACAGCAAGCGGGCUUCAUGAUUGCUCAAGGGACAAUUCGUCGAGGAAGUCGAUGUAGUACUGCCAAAGCCUUCUUGCGACCCAUACGAUUACGUCCCAACCUGCACAUUUCCAUGAAUUCGCAUGUUACAAAAGUUGUCAUCAACCCAGUUACUAAGCGUGCCACUGGAGUAGAAUUCGUCAAAAAUGGAAAGCUCUUCCGAAUCAAUGCAAGGAAAGAAGUCAUUCUUUCAGCUGGAGCCAUCAAUUCUCCCCAAGUUUUGAUGUUGUCAGGUGUAGGACCAAAGUCACAUUUAGAAAGUCACGGGAUUAAAGUAAUCAAGGACCUUCCCGUUGGAGAAAAUCUACAAGAUCAUGUUGGAAUGGGCGGACUGACAUUUUUAGUUGAUAAACCAGUAGCGAUUGUGCAGGAUCAUUUCAAUCCAACUUCCUUGACUUAUCAAUAUGUUUUGAACGAAAGGGGCCCAAUGACAACGCUUGGAGGUGUUGAAGGAUUAGCAUUCGUGCAUACGAAGUACUCUAACAAGUCAAUAGAUUGGCCAGACAUCCAGUUUCACAUGGCACCUGCCUCAAUCAAUUCAGAUAAUGGUGCUCAGGUUAAAAAAGUUCUGGGACUGAAAGAGCGCGUCUACAAUGAUGUCUAUAAGCCAAUAGGAAACAAGGACAGCUGGACCAUUAUGCCGUUACUUUUGCGACCCAGAUCAAGAGGCUGGGUACGUUUGAAAUCGAAAAACCCAUUCCAGUAUCCUCUAAUAAAUGCUAACUACUUCGAUGAUCCCUUGGAUAUAAAAACUCUUGUGGAAGGAGCAAAAAUUGCCCUGCGAGUUGCUGAUGCAAGGGUUUUCAAGCAAUUUGGCUCAAGAGUUUAUAGGAAACAUUUACCAAAUUGUAAGCACUUGAAGCUGUUGUCAGAUGAAUACUUGGAAUGUCAAGCGAGGACAAUAUCCAUGACCAUAUAUCAUCAGAGCGGGACAUGUAAGAUGGGACCGGCUUGGGAUCAAGAAGCAGUGGUAGAUCCUCGACUUCGCGUUUAUGGAAUCAGCGGAUUGAGAGUCAUUGAUGCUAGUAUAAUGCCCACAGUAUCGAGCGGAAACACGAAUGCGCCAGUUAUUAUGAUUGCUGAGAAAGGAGCCGAUCUUAUCAAGGAAGAUUGGCUUACCAAUCCGGAAUAUAGAAAUGCUGACAAGAGUUUUUCUGCAGACAUGAGGCCCCAUGUAUUACUUACGACUAUUUUGCUGGUCGCGUGCGCUAUUAUCAGUGUAACGGACUCGCAGACUUACAUCAAGACCGCAUUGGAUUUCUUGGCCCGUGGAAAUGAAGACUUGCGUCUAGAAGGCAUGGACAACAUGCCCUUGGAGAAGGAGUACGAUUUUGUAGUUGUGGGAGCUGGAACUGCCGGAUGCGCUAUAGCCGCUCGUUUGUCAGAGAACCCAAAAUGGAAGGUGCUCCUCAUCGAAGCUGGUGAACACGAGAGCUUGAUCAUGGAUAUUCCGAUUGUGGUGCACUUCUUGCAAUUGGGAAAUAUGAACUGGAAAUAUCGGACUCAGCCCAGUAAGAAAGCUUGUCUAGCCAUGAACGACAACCGAUGCAACUGGCCUCGCGGGAAGGUCAUGGGUGGAUCGAGUGUACUGAACUACAUGAUGUAUACUCGCGCCAACCGACGAGAUUAUGACCGUUGGGAAGAACUCGGUAACGUAGGAUGGAGUUAUAAGAAUGUUCUUCCGUACUUUAAAAAAAUGGAAGACAGCAGUGUUCCAAACGCAGAUAAGGAUUACGUAGGUCGAGGCGGGCCAGUGACUGUGUCAUACAUCGACUGGAAAUCUAAUAUUGCUCGAGCCUUCGUGGAAGCAAGUCAAGAAGAUGGACUGGCAUAUGUUGACUAUAAUGGACGAGUACAAGUCGGAGUUUCAUUCCUGCACACAACUACAAGAAACGCCACCAGAACCAGCUCAAAUCGCGCCUACCUAUACCCCAUUAAAGGCAAACGACCCAACCUGCAUGUACGCAAGAAUAGUUUGGUAACGAAGAUUAUCAUCGACCCCGACACGAAAACAGCCACAGGAGUCAUCUUCACUUCAAAGAAUAAAGAAUACAAAGUCCGGGCAAGGAAAGAAGUCAUUCUAUCUGCUGGCGCCAUAAACACACCACAGUUGCUCAUGUUAUCAGGAAUAGGCCCAGCCGACCAUCUUAAAGAGCAUGGCAUUGUCCCCAUUGCCGAUUUACCCGUGGGCUAUAAUCUUAUGGACCACACGGCCGCGGCUGUCACCUUCACUACCAACGCCACUUCGCUGCAUUUUGAAGACUUUGCUGACCUCGGACAUCUAACUGAAUUCAUGAGGCAAGGCGGCCCCUAUGGUUCUCCAGGCGGUUGUGAGGCCAUUUCGUUCUACGAUCUUAGCAAUCCCAAGGAUCCUGACGGUUGGCCAGACAUCGAGUUGUUCUUAGUCGGAGGUUCCAUGUCCUCAAACCCAGCUAUCAGUCGUGCGUUUGGAAUCAGGCCAAGUCUUUUCAAAGCCGUCUGGUCUGAAAUUGAAGAGAAAAACUUGAAUGCAUUCAUGCUUUUCCCUAUGAUAUUGCGACCUAAAAGUCGUGGCAGAGUCAUGCUGAAGAGCUCUAAUCCCUACAAGUUCCCGCUAAUUUACGCCAAUUACUUCGACGAUCCAUAUGACGUCGACAUAGCCACCCGAGGCGUCUUGAAAACCCUUGAUCUCAUGAACACUAAGGCUUUUAGGAAGAUCAACGCCAAACUAUGGGAUCGACCGCUGCCCCCAUGCUUGAAAUUCGGAUACCCAAGCAGAAAGUAUUGGGAGUGCUACGUGCGUCAUGUUACCCUCACAAUUUACCAUUAUUCCGGCACCGCCAAAAUGGGACCAGAAAGUGACGAUACAGCCGUUGUCGAUCCUAGACUGCGAGUCUAUGGCAUUAAGAAUCUUAGGGUGGCCGACGCUAGCAUCAUGCCCGAAAUCAUCGCCGGUCAUCCAAACGGACCAGUUUUCAUGAUUGCCGAGAAGGCGGCCGAUCUCAUAAAGGAAGACCACGGGUUCAUCUAAGUUUAGCGGAUUUUUCGUUUAUUUGUAUAUUUGUGUACCAUAGAUUUGCAAUUAAGUUCAAAUAGAUGUAAGAAAGUGAUAUUGUAUAGAAGAAAAGUAUUUGUACAGUCUCCGAAAGUCGCGGGCCGAAAAUCAUGAAUGACUUGGGCCAGUCACUGAAUUUACGCUUGAUAAAUGUUAAUCCCACAUUAAUCGGAUGCUGUUGUGUUGUGAAAUCCCGAACACGAUGUGGAUUAGGAUUACUGAAUUUACUAGAGUUAUUUGAGGAUUUGUUUUGUAAUAAGUUCAUCUGAAGUCUUAAAUGGAAUUUAGAUUUAGAUUUCACAAGUUGUAUAUAAAUCAGGGUUCCCGCAAUACGCACAAUUGAUAUGAAAAUAAGAAUGCCAAAG